AUGCAGUUCAAGCAAACUGGACAACGCAAAAGCCGUUCAAACAGUCAAGAACAAGUUCUACAACGGACACUUCCUGAGCGUCGUGGAACCGGGUUAGAAGAAGCAAGUGCCCCGGAUGACUUUGAAUCGCACCAAGCGAAGAGACGAUCAAGCGCUCGAGACAAUCUGGACAAAGAGCGAAAGGGCAGUGAAGAAGAUAACGAGAAUGCUAAACCUCAACCGACAACGUUUAAAGAUGCUGUCGGUGGACCAGAUCGAGUGCAUUGGCGCAACGAAAUAUGUGCCGAGUUGGACUCGAUGAAACUUCGUGGCGCGUUUCGAGCGACUAAACUGCCAUCUGGACAGCAUACCAUUGGCACCAAGUGGGUAUUCAAGAUCAAACGAAAAGCUGAUGGAUCCAUCGAGAAAUACAAGGCGCGUCUCGUGGCAAAAGGGUUCAAGCAGAAAUAUGGCAUCGACUACACGGAGACGUUUUCGCCGGUAGUCAAGUACGUGACGCUGCGCAUGGUGGUUGCAAUCACGAAGUACUUUGACUGGACACUGGACCAACUCGACGUGGUGACAGCUUUCCUUUACGGAGAAAUGAAGGAAAAGGUGCUCUGA